CCUAGCCCCAGAAGAUGGACGAGGUUGAAGAUUAUCAAUGUAGUGAUCAUGCUACUGUAGCGUAGCGUUCUUGAAUGGCUCAUCAUCAUAAGGCAAUGCCAUCACAGACCUAAGGUGCCUAAAUUUUGGGGGCACUUUAGGGUAGCAUCCAGCAAUUGACUCCCGUCCCGGCAGGCAGGCAGUUGAUGUCCGCCCGUUCCAUCCUACCUUCCUUCCUCUCCUCUCCAUCUUUCAACUGCAACUGCGUUCCUGACCAACUUGGGUAGCUGCAUCUUCCCCGCCACACUACGGAAGUCUGCAUCCACCCUCUGACCCUCGUCAUCCCAAGAUGGAACUGUUUCUUCUUGUUCAAGCUUAACCUCCAAAUCUCGACCGUCAGGCAUCUUCACGAUACCGCCCAAAAGCCCGACCGACAGAGCCCAGCAAUCACUCGCCAGGACACAGCUUAGCCACUAAGAAGGACACACCCGCACCCCCCGAUGUUUUGAGGAGACCAUAGCGGCAGUCACGUUCAUUAUCACUUGAUCAAGACUCUGAGCUAGUCUACAUAGCUGGUAGUUUAACCACCACUAGCACCUGUGAUGAGGAUACACAACCAACAAACAAGACAUCGAAUGGAUCUAGCCCAAACUCUCGAUGACAAGAAAUUCGAAGCUAGCUGAAACAACGAUAAGGAUUGUCUCUAAUGGCAAAUGACAGUCCAGCAUCUGAGUGGCUUUCACAGAUGCACCUCAAGGAACCUGAUUUUACCUGAGCGAGCCUACAUUUCUCAUGUCUCAGAACGCCAUCAAGAAGCAGGGGUCCUAAUAGGCAAAUUAUUUCAUUCAUGGAUUUCUUGGGCCAUUUUUGCAUUCUUCGAGCUCUCAGCCGGAGGUGAAACUCCUUCAAGCAAUGCUCGAUACAAAUCUCCCACCCGGUAAUCUGAGCAGAGUCUACUGCCAAAACGCAUUCGCGCUUCUGUUGUCAGGUUAUCUGUGCAGAGAUCGCGAGACCUUGGAUUGAUCUUGGCAUGCUCAAUUUCAACUAUGGAACCACUUGUUGCUAAUUUCUGGUCUUUAUGCCAUACUGAGAUGGCCCCAUUAAGUUCCCCAGCUUCAAAUUUCGUUAAUUGGGUAGUUUUCCCCGCAAGAAGGAAACGCAAACCGCUUCAUAGAACAAAGACAGGGUCUUCAUUGCAUUCAGGUUGAGGGGGUUUUGUGGCUCCGACCUUUAGAAACCACCUCACAACCACCAGAGCGUCUCAACACCGGGCCGGCUCGGACGAUGAGCGGAGCACCGAGCGGGCCCGUCCUUUGGGGAAGUCGCUGGGUAAUGGAGCACCGUCAGGGGCUGGUGGCCAGCUUGACAGGGGAGGCGAAGCAGGGAUAGCCUACGUAGACGACCUCUAUUAUCGAUUUUCGAUAUCAUCGUCACCCUGAAGGGACCAAGAAACUGUCAGCGCGGCGCCUUACCUCUUGUCCCCUCAACAACGCCGCAGUUGCACAACGAUGGCUGGCUCCGCGCCUCGUGGUUGGGUCGUUCAAGAAGCCCAAAACCUUAUUGGGAGGCUUUCUGCUUAGUGGCCUGACUGCCGUUCUUCCUUUUACACUGCUUGUCGGCGCUGGUCGGGAUGUUGCUGCGUUGGUCGCAUGUCACAACCCUGGGAGACAAUAGGUACUGCAGUCUGCAGGCGCCUGCUUCGGUCUCGAUUCAGUUGGACUACCCGUUGCAUUAGUAGACCGGGGUUGGAAUUGAAAGAGGCGCAUGCAGAGAUACGACGCUGUGCUCCUACGAUCUCUGUAUAGAUCAGGCCUGGAUGACUUUGAACUCCCAAAGGCAUUGUCAUCACACUCUUUCUGGCCGAUUUCGGCCCGCCUGACAACGCCAUAAUCCACACCCAGUGCAAUUGGCAUCGAGUCAGAAUAAGCUAUGAGCUGACGAGUAUGUCUCUUCGACAUGCUUCCCGUGAAAUCAAAAACAAGAUGUUAUUGACUAUCAGAGGCUUGAUGGAAUAGCUCACAAUAGCAACUCACUCAUUAGCGCACGCGAUGGGUUGUCGAUAGUGGGGUUUCCCGCUUUGAUGAUGGCCCCAACCCGCACCAGUUAACUACGUAUCCCUGCCUGACAACCGUGCAUUUGUCGUUCCGUCCCAUUUUAAGAGCCGAGGCCACGGACCAGCUUCUGCUCACUCUCAUCGCGAUUGUUGUUAUUAACCUCAUUCGAUGUCGAGUAACGGCGCAGGGAGAAAAGAGAGCUAAGCGUGCCGCAGAUUCAUGCAAGCCGGGUCUCCAGAUACAUACUUCUUUGCUACCAUCAAACUGCAGAGAGAUCUUGAUCCACCAAUAAGGUGACAUCUGAGCGGUAAUACAUGUCUUUCCGUGGUAUUCCCUAUUCGAGACAUGCCCGCUAUGUCAUACCGUGCCCUCAAGAGAAUGCACCACAGCGCUUCGAGUUCCUGCAUCUAACGUGGCGGAUGUUAACUGAUCUGAACGUGGCCAUCGCAAAACCAGCACAGAAUCGGCAGACGAAUGAUCCCGCUCCAAGUUGACCCUGACUGCAUUGCAUGGGCACAAUGCACAACAAGCGGCAGGGGGGUGCUACGGUGAUUUCCCAGAUAUUCUACUGGGCCGGAACUCGAAUUGUGGCAUAUCAGACUAUGUAUAUCAACUCGAGUAUCAUAGAAAUGGCUGUUAUUUGUAUGGAUCGAAAAACGUCCUACGGUUCCUAGCAUGACCGACAUGCCGGACAUACUACCAGAGUCAGAUGUGAUUAUCAAGAACCAUUUUAUGUGACAGAAAAAGGAAUAUUUGAUGCCCGCUGUGUGCCGUUGAUCUUGAAGAACCUUGGUCAGCUACUCCGACCGUACCGUACCUGGAAACGUUGAUCCCGCCGUAAGCGACGGUAGAGCAGGAUGGUGUCUUCCACAAUUCCAGCGAAUGAGGCACUGCACCUGUUUCGUCAUGUUCUUGAAAGGCGUUCCGGGGCGUUACAUUGCCGAGUCAAAGAUGCCAAAAAUGGUAAGACGGGAACUUCAGCCAUGGCCUGACGAGUAAUAUUCUUGGGUAGAGUCGCUGGAGGAAGAUAAUUCGUGCUCACUGCACGUCUUGAGCGAUCAACUACAAUCUCUCACGCACCUUAGCUGCUCUCAACGGAGUACAGGGUGAUGUUCUUAUUUCCAAUUCGGGAUAUUUCGCCCUGUCAUAUCUGAUAAAGGCCAAAUUACAGUCCGUGCUAUCACAAUGCCCGUCAGCGUUGAUCAACGCCUUUCGUCAACAACGAUUGUCAUACCAGACUGCAUAUAACGCUCGUCCUACCAUCAAAUGUUGGUAAUUUCAACUUUUGCUACCCUCGCUCUCGGCAAUUGCGCACACCUUACUGCCUGACUCUAGAAAUGAUAGUCGUCAGUAAUACGCUGCAGGUCUUGGUCUACCGUCGUACAGUAUGUACAUACACACACGACGCCUUCCCCCAAAUCACCCAAUGACUCUUUUCUUGAUAUUAUAAAAAUGAUUCGUCAUAAAUUCAGGGUCAAGGCCGCAGUCGAGAGGCACACUGUAUUCUCUGGUCUAAGCCAUUUCGGCUGACUCUUCUGGCAGCUAACUCCUGACAUGCUUGUGUGCCAAGGUAGCGAACAAAGUGCACUGUGAAAGGACUUGGCCCUAAGGUAUCUCGUAGGAUUGCUCGCAGAUACCAGCCUUACCCCUGUAUACGAGCACAGACAGAUUGAUGGCUAAUGAACCUUAGUACCCCUCCCCCGGACAGAAACUUACUGACGAGAACUGCAAAUAGAUCUUCAGAUCCAGCAGAACACGGCAGCCAAAAUGAAAGAUGUACUAAUUCCCGGAGAUGGUGCUCCAUAAACCAGACGGACUGGGAAAGAAGGGAGUCUUCAUCAUCGAUGACGAAAAGAGUCAGGGAAACUGUUCCAAACUUGGGGGACUAUUUGAUGAGUUUAUUUUGACAUCUUUCAUUAAGGCCUCAAGUUUUCUUGCAGCCUGGGGACGGAGCAUGAUAGACUCGGCUAUUUUGUUGCAACUCUAGGUUCACAUAAACACUUGUCACCACUGAUCAAGACAAACAGUGGUUGGUGAUGAUGCUUAGACUGAUUCGUCAGCCUUGGUGAUCGCCCAAGCACUUCUGAGGCUGUUUGAGCCACAUUGCUAUACAAUCCUUCAUGAUAUUGGACUGCCGGACUCGCCCACACACAGCUUGAAGAUUAUGAUACGAAUUCCUCUGGCUGGUAUCUGAAUAGCAAGAUAGAACGUUACUCCUAUUUAUGGCUGAAAUGAAAUGCACGCGGAGUCGUUACGUUGUCCGGGUUUGUAGGUGCGAGUGUGAGCGAUUAUCAUCACACCAGGAACAGGGUUGUUGGAGAAAAAGCAAGCAAAACAGUUCCACUACCUACCCGAGGACUUCGCAUGGAAAUCGCCAUGGUUGAGUGAGAGAUACGGACAAGGAUCUAACACCCUUGACAUUCACUAGGCCAUGAACAUAGCAUCAUACCAUCAUCGACACGACAUGAGUCGGUGUCGAGGUUACUCCUCGGAGGCCUGGUGAUAGAGAUGGUGGGUGCAGUUUUGGUCAAAACUGGUUGUUGAGACUGUCAAACAGUCUUCUUUUGAGCAUUCACAUGUGCCUGCGCCUCUAGAUUAGAGACGGAUAGACAUCCCUGAACGCCACGGGCGGGAAUGGGCAGCUUGUCGACUGUUGAAUGAGACAAUUCCAUAGGCUAUUUGUUGGGCGAGUGAGCUUGGGGCUGGGGUAGGCUCAUGCUCAUGCACAACAUGCUCGCUUUUGCGGAUCCCAGAAGGUGAUUGAAAUGGGGACAUGGACCCAUCCAUCCAUUCAUGUGUAUUGGUGGUGUGGGGAAGCAAGGCAUGUCUUAGUCCAACGUCAAUAUGAUGUCGUCUUUGAUGAGCAAUUAUGGAGGGUCAAGGACUCACUGAUUGAUUACACACAGGCUACCGUACCCCAGAUCAACUAUCGGUUUCCCCAAGAGUUUUGGGAAUAGUCUCGUGCCUCAUGAGGGUUGCGUUGAUACGAAUCCGGAUAUCACCCAAGUCAAGUCAGGGUCGUAUUAAUUAAUGUCGACGAUACCCGUAUUUAGGUCAACAUGACCAUGGGUAAGACACCCGAAUGAACAGGGUAAGUUGAGAACCUGGAAGCAAGUCGAAAACACGGAUAUCUGCUAUUACAAUAGCCUGCCUUAUCUGCGGUACACGACUUACAUCAGAUCAGCCCUGGGUCAAAGUCUGGGUCCCGAGUCCCAGGAGAGUGGAAGCCACUCAGCUUUCAUCACAGUUUUGCGCCCGUACGAGAUAGACUCUAUCUGACAAUAAUCACAGCCUUAACUCCUGACACCGCCUUUCUGGUGAGGACACUAAAACGGAACAACCUAAGCGCUGGGGACGAAUUCGAUAGAGUCGCAAUUACCACGCGAGAUCAUCAAUGCAUGUCUCGGAGCCCAUGUCAUUAGACCGUGAGUGGAUUGGUACACUCCAUCUCAAGAUCUCAAGAGACUCCCGAAGGGGUUGCAACAAGAAUCCGGACAUUUUUGUAGAGCAAGGCUAAUACACAGAAUAAUCUCAAAAGGAUAUCGCCUUAGAAUUGCACAAUUUCACGACAAGGACCAACGCUUUUGCCACGUCUCCUCAGCUCUUUUUGUCCAAAAACUGUUCACGCCUCGUGGAAGUCCAAAGAGAGCUGAAUACCGGAGAUUUCGUGAACCCUGUGCCUCCUUUUGCUGGCUGUUUCGUAAGGCUGUCGAUCUUUGUUUCGAAAAACCUGAUAUCAAGCAAGCUGAUGCUCAAGACUGCAACCCCGUACAUCUUUCGGGGUCUUGCCCCCUUUCCUUCGCUUCGUACGCGGCAGCCACGGCAGUCCGUGAACUGCUUUCAAAUACCUUUGCCAAGUGUCUCACAAUCCUCACCGCAGAAAGCAGCUGCUUUAUCAGCAGCCGCACAAUGAUCUUUGUCAAAACGACCCAGCCAGUCAUAUCAUGAGAUCUAGACAGUGCGCCGGAUUUGGAAGCAAGGCAGGAUCAAGACUGUCACUUAUCAAGCAGCGGGAGGCUGAAGGAGGUGGUGCUGAGCACAGACUGCACUAUCGAGAGGCUGCGCAUGUUGGGAAUUUUCGAUGCGUGAUGGAUGGACUGGACCCUAGGUCGGCUGACAAGCCAUGUGAUGCUCUUAGCUGCCCCCAAGCUGCCCACUGGUUGGACACCGGAAUCUGUUUCUCGCUUCCAACAAUAUUGGUUCCAGGUAUGGCCCAGACUGUGAAGCGGCGAAUAAAGUGCAACGCGUACAUUUUGAUUGAACGCGACGCGUGCGAGGCUCAGCCAGCCUUGCUCUCUUGUGCUCCGAAAGGCAGUCACCGGGUCUCUUCGGAUUCGCCUUCGCGUUCUGAGUGAGACAUGACAUGAGAACCGGGCAAAAUAAUGGAAUGCUCGGAGUAUGAAGUGGUGUAUGAAAGAGACGGACAGCACGGAAGAGAUUGCUCGUGUUGACCUCUCUGACAUUGCGUGUAUCAAUCAUGUUGCAGCCUAUUCAGACAACGGCGGCAUUAUUGUUAGGGUUUCGUGAAGUCGACUCCCAAGAUGUCGUCCAUCCAUGGCCCGACCUUUGCCGCAUCGCCAUCGGCCAUGCCGGCUUGGGAAAGCUGUGCGCCCCAGCUGGAGACGUUGUAUAUGGAUGAUGAUAUGAGUGCUGACAGACCAUCUUCUGAGGUGGGAGAUGAUGGGCCUUCGGCUGUGAAUUUGUCCACGACGCCGUGUCUAGCCUCGAAACGAAGCUUGGUCUAUGUCCCUGUUAGUUGCUUUGUCAUAUGCCUCUGCCAAGCGGUGUGUCGCUCACGUCAAAGUCCAUUUGAGGACGCUCUCGGGGGUCUUCCUCGUAAGGGAAAGUUGAGAAGGUGAAUUUGGGUGUCUGGCCAUAGAUCCAGUCCCGCGACUGUAGUUCCUCGUACCCUUUGCUGAUGCUAUCCAUCUCAAGUACCUUGUCACUGAUGACCUCCCUGACGUCGAAGUCGCCGUACAUGCUUGCAAACUGUUCCACAACGGCAGCCUCGAAAGCAGCGUUCUCGAUGCCGACGUUGCGGACAGGGCUGCGGACACUGUCGACGCCACGAGUCUUGAUAUACGGCUCAGCUGGCGAACGCAACAUGCCUGAGAUGUUGGCCAGGUUUGGGCUGCGCAGAAGACAUGUUCCGUGGUGGAGAGAUCGAAGACGAGUGAGUUUAUACGCGGACCCUGAGAUCUUGUAGGUGCCGAUUGGGUCAUCAGGGAUAUCUAUAACGAUGUCAUGUCGCUCAUUGACACGCGUAUUUGGCUUUCCAAGAGAGGAGAGAGCUCUCACGACCAUCUCGGCGUGCUUGUUCCGGUCGAAGACUGUAGGAGGGCAAAUGACGCUAAAGUUGACAUUUCCUUCAUCAUGAAAAACAGCGCCUCCCCCUGAACGACGACGGACAAGCUGCACCGGCUCACCAGUCCAACCUACGCUUGCAGGAUCAUUACGGAACUGAGCCAGUCUUCGAAGAUUCACUUCCAUCCACGGAUUUUGGUUUCGACCAAAGACGAUACAAGGAUCAUUGGUGUAGAGGAAGAGUAUGGUUGACUCCGGGGGCGUCUUCUGGAGAAGAUGGUGCUCAACAGAGAGGUUCAGGAAGGGAUCACGAGAAGUUGAAGUGUAAACUUGGAUCUUAUUGGAUAAAUGAGAAGCUGCAUCGGUGAAUUGGCGUCUUGAUAUGGCUGAUAAUGAGGGGAAAUGUCGAGAUAUGCUUCGAGGCGUUGAGCCCAAAAACGAGCAAUUGGGCCGCAUCAUGAUGACAAGAGUCAAUAUCGGAAUAGAAUUUGACGAUUAAUAAGUAAGAGUCAAAGAUAGACAAUGAAAUUGGACCGGAAAUACGGUAUUAUCCAAGGCAAUGGGUGAGAUUCGUCGUUGAAGCUACUGCAUC